AUGAGGUCAGCAAUAGCGCUGAGUGUCCGGCGCGGACUCGUGGGCGCCUCGAAACUGCGUGUCGCGAGGCCCGGCUGGAGCUCGUACCAGAGCUGCCGGAGCUACACGGCAACUCCCGCCCCCCGAGAUGAGGAGCGCAAGUGGUCUACGCCAUUGGCAAAGCAGUUGACAGAAGCCAUCAACACCACGGGCCCUGUCCCUUUGGCCAGUUUCAUGCGCAUGUGUCUCACCUCUGACACGGGGGGCUAUUACACAGGAGCUCUUGGGGACGGCCGUGACCAAUUCGGCCGUAAAGGCGAUUUCAUCACGUCUCCCGAAAUCUCGCAGAUCUUUGGCGAGCUUGUCGGUAUCUGGUUUGUGGCUGAGUGGAUUUCUCAAGGCCGGCCCAAGCAAGGUGUCGAGCUCAUCGAGGUUGGUCCUGGACGGGGCACUUUGAUGGACGACAUGCUACGUACUAUUCGGAACUUCCCCGACAUGGUAUCUAGCAUCGAUGCCGUUUACAUGGUAGAAGCUAGCCCCGAGUUACGUCGGGCUCAGAAAACCCUCCUCUGCGGCGAGGACGCUUCUAUGACGGACUCGAAAGUUGGUUAUCAUAGCACCAGCAAGUACUCGGGGCUACCAAUUGUUUGGACCGAAACGAUCAAAUCGAUACCGCAACAGGCCAACAAGACUCCAUUCAUCGUCGCUCAUGAGUUCUUCGACGCAUUACCCAUCCAUGCGUUCCAAGUGGUGGACGUCCCACCGAGCCAGAAGACUGCGCCCCCUUCACCGUCCCGCUCUGCGUCCUCAAACACAGAUUCACCGACUCUUCAGUGGCGCGAGAUGGUCGUUGCACCAGCGCCAGAGGGUUCGACACAUGACAGUCUCGGAACGCCUAAGUCGGAGCAGCAUGGUGGCCCGGCUCCAGAGUUUCAACUGACGCUAUCUCCCUCUGCAACUCGCCAUUCACUCUACGUCCCUGAGUCUUCGCCACGAUACCGAGCACUCAAGUCUACGCCAAGCGCUCUCAUCGAAGUGUGCCCCGACGCGCAUCUGUAUGCUACUGAUUUUGCAUCCCGCAUCGGUGGGUCUGCGCAGUACCCUAAAGAGAAGCCCUCGGGAGCAGCUCUGAUUUUGGAUUACGGUCCGAGUGAUACUAUACCCGUGAAUUCACUUCGAGGCAUCAAAGGCCACAAGCGGGUGAGCCCAUUCAGCGAGCCCGGUCUGGUAGACCUUAGUGCGGAUGUUGAUUUCAUGGCCAUCGCCGAAGCAUCCAUGAAGGCCAGCGAGGGAGUCGAGGUUCAUGGUCCGGUGGACCAGGGCAACUUUCUGGAGGCAAUGGGCAUUCGGCAUCGAGCUGAACAUUUGGCCAAAAAGGUCAACGACGAAGGCAGGAAACAGGAGAUCGAGAGGUCCUGGAAGCGCCUUGUUGACAGGGGCCCCAGUGGCAUGGGAAAGCUAUACAAGGCGCUCGCCAUCCUACCCGAGAAUGACGGGAGACGAAGACCGACCGGCUUCGGCGGUGACGUGGGCGCCUAG